UACAAGAAUUGUCCACGUCGAGCAAAAUGGAGGAACGAACGGGGACUGCAAAAUAACUAUAGCAAGUGUGGGAGAAAUAUGAAACGAUAAAUGAAACUACUAAAUUUUCUACAGCCGGUAAACCUUAAAUCUCAUCGACGCACCACCCAGAACGUUCCAGAAUAUUUUUACAUAACAUGAAUGCGAAGUUGAUAAUAGGGAGGGGGGUUCAAGAGAGGUUUUUGGUGCCUGUGUCGUUGAACAAACGCAAUGACAAAACAAGGGAAUAAUAAAAAUCAGGGAAAGGCGGUUGGAGGCAUUGUAUAUGAUAUUGUUGGCGAGGAAAGGGACCCCUUCUCCGCUUGGAGAACCUUCUUACUGGCCAGCUGUCCCCGAGUCCUCCGUUCCAACGUAUCUAUAUAACGACCCUACGUUAUUUCAAUUGAGGGGUUUAAUGUCAGGGCCUGGACAGAAAUUGUUUUGCAUAUUCAUUUCUACUUCCUCGUGUUCUAAAUUCUCUGCGCUCUUGGAAUCGAAAACGCGAUCUUUGGGAGCCUCUUUUCAGUCCCGCGCCCCUCAUUUUCUCGGCCUCCACGACGCAAUUGAUUCACAGCAAAUUCAGGGAAGAGGGGGCAUGAAAAAUCUUCAAUGGAAACAGAAGCCAAAGGCUAAUACACAGAUUUAUAUCAAUAAUUCCAUCAACAAUGUGGAGAAUUUAAUUGAUUCAAAAUCUUCAGAGAUGAAGGGUACUGUCAGAAGCAUACCAUCUAGUGUAUCUCAGGAUAAAUUUCGUGAAGGUUCAGCUGGGCAAGCUUCAUCAGCUAAUGUUUCUGCUGAUGUAUCAGUUGUUGGUAAAGUUCAGCCAGUAUGGAGAGUCAUCCCAGUAGAGUCUUCUAACAGUAGCGUGAAUUCCCUUGAUUCAAAAGCUGCAAACUUGGGAAAAAUUGGUGUUAGACCAUCUGGUGGGACUGUAGAUGGUGGUAGGGCUGGUACAUCUGGCAGUUUGAAUUCAAAUGAAAUCUCUGGGUCUGAUUUUGGAAACCUUGCUUCUAGAAAAAGUGUAUCUGGGCAGAAGUCUCUUUGGGUUGCAAAGGGCCAUGCAACUCAAAGUGGCAUCAAUAAUUUAGAACAAGUUGAAUCACCUGUGGCAGCUUCUGGUGAAAGCCCAAGUGUGGCAGGGCCAUCAUCUUCAACCUUGAAAGCACAGGAUUUGGCGACUGUUUCAAAAAGUAAUCAUACAAUUGAGGAAGAGCAGCCAGUUAAAGGACUUAUUGGAGGAGAUUUUGUAGUAGACAAUUGUGCAUUUGCUCGUUCACAGAUUCAGGCUACAUUCUAUCCUAAAUUUGAGAAUGAGAAGUCUGACCAAGAGAUAAGAAUGAAGAUGAUAGAAAAGGUGUCACAAGGAAACGGUACCUUAGAGGUAUCACUAAAGCAUUCGGGAUCCCUUUUCAUGUAUGCUGGCCAUGAAGGUGGAGCAUACGCCAAGAAUAGCUAUGGAAACAUCUAUACAGCUGUUGGUAUAUUUGUUCUUGGUCGGAUGUUUCAAGAAUCAUGGGGUGCUCAGGCAGCAACAAAGCAAAAAGAGUUCAAUGAUUUUCUUCAGAAGAAUCACAUGUGUAUAUCAAUGGAAUUGGUUACUGCUGUGCUGGGAGACCAUGGGCAGCGGCCUCUUCAAGACUAUGUGGUAGUAACUGCUGUAACAGAAUUAGGAGCUGGAAAACCACGAUUCUAUUCUACUCCUGAUAUAAUUUCUUUUUGUCGAAAGUGGCGAUUGCCAACAAAUAGUAUCUGGUUGUUCUCAACGAAGAAAUCUGUUGCAUCAUUUUUUGCAGCAUAUGAUGCUCUUUGUGAAGAAGGAACUGCAACUUCUGUCUGCAAAGCCCUUGAUGAAAUUGCAGACAUCUCAGUGCCAGCAACAAAAGAUCAUGUGAAGGUACAGGGAGAGAUUUUGGAGGGGCUCGUGGCUCGUAUUGUGAGCUCUGAGAGUUCUGAGCACUUAAAAAAGGUGCUUGAGGAAAUCCCACCAUCACCUGACUGUGAAGAUAAUAACAACCUUGGGUUAGGCCUUCGCGAGAUAUGUGCUGCGAAUAAAUCAAGUGAACAACAGCAAAUAAAAGCUCUUCUCAGAAGUGUUGGCACUGCAAUGUGCCCAGACUAUACUGAUUGGUUUGGCAAUGAAACUGUGGAUAUGCGGUCAAAAAGUUCUAGCCAUGCACUGGUUGCAAAGUUCAGACAGUCACAUCCAGCAGACUAUGCUACAUCAAAGUUACAAGAGAUGAUAGGGCUGUUGUGUCAAAAACGCUUUCCAGCUGAAUUGAAAUGCCGCUAUAACUUUCGUAAAUUUCCUUAUUCGUCAAGUAAUUGUGUUCACUUCAAGAUGGUCGUUCAUAUAUAUAGCGAUUCUGGUUUCCGGCGUUAUCAAAAGGAAAUGAGGAAUCACCCUGGGUUAUGGCCUCUAUAUAGGGGUUUCUUUGUAGACAUUAACUUGUUUAAAGUAUCUGAGGAAAAAGCUUCACAGAUCUCUAAAGAUAAGAGCUUAUUAUUAGAUCACAUGCAGUCUAGUUUUGGGACGAGAAUGUUUGACCAUGAUGAUUUGGCUGACGAAGCUGAGAAUUUAAUGAUUAAGCUAAAGUUCUUGACAUACAAGCUAAGGACUUUCUUGAUACGGAAUGGUUUAUCAAUUCUUUUCAAACAAGGAAAAUCUGCUUAUAAAGACUACUACUUAAGGCAAAUGAAAAUCUGGGGCACAUCACAUGCAAAGCAAAAGGAAAUGAGCAAGAUGCUGGAUGAGUGGGCUCUUUACAUUUUAAAAAAACAUGGAGGCAGACAGAUUCCUUCGUCCACUUACCUGUCAGAAGCCGAACCAUUCCUUGAGCAAUACGCUCGUCAGAGUGUUCAAAACCAGAGAUUAAUUGGGUCUGCUGGAAAUUUGAUCAAAACUGAAGAUUUCUUGGUUGGCAGUGUGGGCGGUCUGACUGAGGAAGAUGAUUUGGUCCUUGGAGAUGAGCAGUUACCUAUGACACCUCCUGCAAUUGAUAAAAUAUCCAAAGCUCAGGGAAUGAUAGUCUUCUUUCCUGGAAUACCUGGCUGUGGAAAAUCUGCUGUUUGCAAAGAGAUUAUUAAUGCUCCCGGUGGCCUUGGAGAUGAACGGCCUUUGCGUAGCCCAAUGGGUGAUCUUAUCAAAGGAAGGUACUGGCAGAAGGUGGCUGAAGAGUGGAAAAGAAAGCCAUAUGAAAUAAUUCUUGCUGAUAAAAAUGCUCCAAAUGAAGAAGUUUGGAGACAGAUUGAAGACAUGAGCAGGAGCACCAAAGGAGUAGCAGUACCAGUUGUAACUGACUCAGAAGGUACGGACUCAAAUCCUUUUUCCCUUGAUGCCCUGGCGGUCUUUAUGUUCCGUGUUCUUCAACGAGUUAACCAUCCGGGUAAUUUGGAUAAAAAUUCACAGAAUGCAGGCUAUGUCCUUUUGAUGUUUUACAAUCUCUAUGAAGGAAAGAGCCGGAGAGAAUUUGAGGAGGAGCUGUGCGAACGUUUUGGAUUGCUUGUAAAAAUGCCUUCGCUGAAAUCUGAUAGUGAUCCUUUGCCUGACUCAAUAAAACUUAUCUUGGAGGAGGGCCUUGAUUUAUACAAUCUUCAUACUAAGAGGCAUGGAAGGCAAGAGCCGAGCAAAGGUUCGUAUGCAAAGGAUUGGUCUCUAUGGGAGAAACGAUGCAGAGAAACUUUCUUUGCAAAUGCAGAAUAUCUUAAUGCAAUUCAGGUUCCAUUUGAAGAUGUUGUAAAACAUGUUUUGGAGGAUCUCCGAGCUAUCGCAAAAGGAGACUAUGUAGUUCCUUCAACUGAAAAACGUAAGCUUGGCACUAUUGUAUUUGCUGCAGUUUCAUUUGUUGCAGAUGAAGUCAAAAGCUUGCUGGACAAGAUAGCUGAUAGUGAUUCACGUGCAAAGGGAUUUCUCAAGGACAAAGAUAUCAAAAACACACUGAAUAGUGCCCAUAUUACCCUUGCCCACAAGAGGUCUCAUGGUGUCACUUCAGUUGCUAGUUAUGGUGUUUAUCGUGGGAAGCAAGUUCCCACUAAAUUUACAGCAAUCUUGUUUUCGGAUAAGCUAGCUGCAUUGGAGGCUCAAGUUGGUUGCAUUGGAUCAGAACAGAUAUCUUCAAAGAAUGAGUGGCCUCAUGUGACGAUUUGGACUGGAGCUGGUGCCACUCCUAAAGAGGCAAAUACAUUGCCCCAACUAGUUUCCCAAGGUCAUGCAAUUCGUGUUGAUUUCAAAGAGCCAUUCUCAUUGACAGGUACAAUGGAUUUCUAUUGAGUCAUUGAUUUAUUUUUCAAGAGGGAGGAUCACACAGAUUUGACUGAGAAGAGCAAGAAUUCAAGGACAAUCUGUUAUUUUUUUAAAUUAAUUAAAAUGUUAUCUCCUACCUAGAUUUUGUAGAUUAGGUCAAUUCAUUGAGCUAUUGUGAGAAAAUGGAAACAAAAUUGCCCCUUGAAGUCUGUUUAGAAGGUAGCAUUUCUUCUAUAUGUUAAGAUGAGAAGAUGGUAAUAUGUUGUAUUUGACCUUUAUUGAAUAUUGUGGGAAAUUCUUUA